AAGUUAAAUUAUGAGGAACACAAUCCCGUGCAACCUGAACUGAAGUGCGUCUUUGUCUAUUCCCCUCUUACAAAAGAAAGAAGGGGAAAGUAAAGAAAAGGAAAUAAACAGGGGGAGAAAAAAGAAAUGAAAUAUUAGAGCUGGAUUGUAUAAGAGCACAUAACCGGAGGUUGCCUCGUGGCGGUGAGACUACUAAUAAUUGGAAGCUGUAGUGCCGGCAAAGCGUCGUCUCCUCAUCGAGGGUUUCGUUCAGUAAUCACGGAGCUUCGAGUGCCCUGAAAAUGAGUGAAGAAGACGAUGCUAUAAGACGGUUAGAAGAAGCAGUUGUGGACGAUCCUUCGCUCCACUUUGAUCUCGGGGUCUUGUUAUGGGAUAAGGGAGGAGACAUUCAGGAAAAAGCCGCUCAACAUUUUCUCAUAGCGGCGAAGCUCAACCCACAAAAUGGUGCUGCUUUCAGAUAUUUGGGACACUACUAUGCUCGAGUGGCUGUCGACUCUCAGAGGGCUGUCAAGUGUUAUCAGAGAGCCGUCAACCUUAAUCCCGAUGAUUCAAUUGCUGGGGAAGCAAUAUGUGAUAUACUGGACGGAAGUGGAAAAGAGAGCUUGGAGAUAGCUGUAUGCCGCGAAGCUUCAGAGAAGUCACCCAGGGCCUUUUGGGCUUUAUGCAGAUUGGGUUUCCUUUUGGUCAACCAAAAGAAGUGGUCCGAAGCAGUGCAGAGUCUUCAGCAAGCCAUUAGAGGCUAUCCAACAUGUGCUGAUUUGUGGGAGGCUCUGGGUCUUUCCUACCAGCAAAUGGGCAUGUUUACAGCCGCUGUUAAGUCCUAUGCAAGAGCUAUUGAAUUGGAGGAAUCAAGAGUAUUUGCAUUGGUGGAAAGUGGAAAUGUCCAUUUGAUGCUUGGUUCGUUUCGGAAGGGAAUAGAGCAGUUCCGGCAAGCUUUACUGAUCUCACCUCUGAAUUUGUCCGCGCAUCAUGGGCUUGCCUCUGCACUCCUUAGUUUGGCAAAGGAAUCUAUUGAUUCUGGUGCCUUUAAAUGGGGAGCUUCACUCUUAGAGGAAGCGUCGAAAGUGGCUCUAGAAUGUACUUCCAUUGUUGGCAAUAUGUCUUGUUCUUGGAAGCUGCAUGGAGAUAUUCAGCUCAUAUACGCGAAAUGUUUUCCAUGGAUGGAUGAAGGAUUGGGAUCAGGAGCUGAUGAAAAAUCAUUCAGUAGUUCAAUCCUGUCAUGGAAGAGAAACUGCUGCUNC